AGACCCUGCCCACCUCGCUGACGGAGCUGGGGCUGGGGGCCGAGCGCUACGCCUGGGCCUCUUCUCUGGAUGUCAUCCACGACCUGUGCGAUGAGAAGCCUCCAGUGGAGGAGAAGUGCAUCCUGUGCCAGCACCCGGACUGCGCAGAGCGACGCCGGGCCACCAAGGUCUGCCACCACUCAGACUGCCGGGACCUCAACAACAAGAGCCCGCUGCACCUGUGCGGGUCAUGUGACUCCCGCUGCCACCAGGACGAGCACCACGCCAUGCACUUCGACCGGCACCCCCGCUUCGACCUGCAGCCGCAAGGUUCGAUCCUGGCACGGAACGUGUCGACGCGCUCCUGCCCCUCCCGCACCAGCCCCCCCUCCGAUCUGGAAGAGGAGGAUGAGGGGGGCAACGAGAGGGGGGAUCGCAGAGCAGCAGGAAUGAAGCUGCCCAAGAAGAAGCCCCGGAGACGCCACACAGACGACCCUAGUAAAGAGUGUUUCACGCUGAAAUUUGACCUGAACGUGGACAUCGACAUGGAGAUCGUGCCCGCCAUGAAGAAGAAGUCCCUACGUGAGGUGCUGGCCCCGGUGUUCGAGAGGAAGGCGAUCGAGCUGUCCAGGGUCGACCUGUUCCUGGACCAGUCCAACACGCCACUCUCCCUCAGCUUCGAGGCCUACCGCUUCGGGGGGCACUACCUCAAAGUGAAAGCGAAGCCCGGAGAUGAGCUGAAGGUGGAGCAGGGGGUGAAGGACCUACGCUCCCUCAGCCUGCCCAACAUGAAGCCCUCCUCCGGGCACAACCCCUACAUCCUCACCCCUGGGUGCGAGAGAGUGGAACAUGGCUCCCUGGGGCGCAGGGACAACGUGGAUUUGCUGGGCCAGGCUCGUCGCAGGAAGAACAUGACGGAGUUCCUAGGGGACGCCAACAUCCCGUCCCCCGAUUCGCUGUCGCAGCUGGGUGGCUCCUUGCCUAGCGUGGGCACCGGGCCCGACAACUGGAAGAACCGGGCCGCCAGUCGCUUCAGCGGCUUCUUCAGCUCCUCCGCCGGCGCGGGGCCGUUCGGCAGGGAGCUGGACCGUGUGGAGCAGCUCCAAAACAAGUUGCACUCCUACACACUGUUCGGGCUGCCCAAGGUCCCCACCCAGCUUAGUUUCCACCAUGACUCCUGGGAGGAAGAGGAGACCAACCUGGCACUGGAGGAGUCCUGGCAGCAGCUGCUGGAGAACCCUGAGUCCUUGACCAGGAAGCAGUUCCACCAGCAGGAGGCCAUCUGGGAGCUGCUGCAGACCGAAGCCACCUACAUUAAGAAGCUGCGCGUCAUCACUGACCUCUUCCUGUGCGGGCUGCUCAACCUGCAGGAGUGCGGCCUGCUGUGCGAGGUGGAGGCCUCCCGCCUCUUCAGCAACAUCCAGGAGAUCGUGCAGCUGCACACGGGGCUGUGGGCCGAGGUGAUGCUGCCGGCGCUGGAAAGGGCCCGGGCCAGCAGGGCGCCGCUCGACCCCACCGACUUCCACCAGGGCUUCAAGACCAUCGGCACCAGGUUCAAGCCCUACAUCCACUACUGCAUGGAGGAGGAGAGCUGUAUGGAGUACAUGCGCAGUCUGCUGAGGGACAACGAGCUCUUCAAGAUCUAUGUCACGUGGGCCGAGACACACAAGCAGUGUAACCGGCUGAAGCUGACGGACAUGCUGGUGAAGCCCCAUCAGCGCCUCACCAAGUACCCACUGCUGCUGAAGAGCAUACUGAAGAAGACGGACGACCCCACGGCCAGGGACGCCGUCAUCAGCAUGGUGGAGUCCGUGGAGGGCUUCAUUAACAGCGUGGAUGCGCAGAUGCGCCAGCAGCAGGAGCAGCAGAAGCUGGCCACGGUGACCGGGAGGAUCGAUCCCUACGAGGCCAUGGAGGGGGGCAGCGAGGAGGUGGAGAAGAUCCUGCGGGAGUUCAGCCGGUUCGACCUGACCGCGCCUAUGAUGGGCACCUCCCCUGACCACACGCGCCAGCUCCACCUGGAGGGGCCCCUGCGCAUGAAGGAGGGCAGGGACAGCCGGAUGGACGUGUACUGCUUCCUGUUCACUGACCUGCUGCUCAUCACCAAGCCGGUGAAGCGGGUGGAGAGAGCCAAGGUGAUCCGGCAGCCGCUGCUCAUACACAACGUGGUGUGCCGGGAGCUCAAGGACCCAGGCUCCUUCCUCCUAAUCUACCUCAACGAGUUCCGAAGCGCAGUAGCAGCAUACUCCUUCCAGGCCAACAGCGCCGCCCAGGGGCGCAGCUGGAUUGAAGCCAUCUGCAACGCGCAGAAUCUCCUACAGCGGUUGCAGUCCGAAGAGUCCCAGCGCAAAGAAGUCACACUCCGACAGAGACUGGACCUGGAGGGGGAGGAGAGCAGCAACUCGACCACCAGCUCCCCCUGCCUGCGGCACAAGGAACAGCAGAACGAGAGCAACAGCCAGUCGGACAGCUCCACAGAGACGCUGGCGGUGGUGGUGAUGGAGGAGGGCAAGAGCUCGUCGUCCCCGGAGCCGGAGAGGGCGGGGCGCGUCGGCAGGGGGGAGGCAGGCUCCCCACGCCCCAGCACGCCAGGGGCCCAGGAGCGGCUCCACACAGAGCCCGAGGUCCAGAGGAAGAGGGCGGGGGGCCCCGCGGACCCCGGCGGCAUGGAGCCCGACCCCCAGUGCCGCUCCCUGUCUAUGGACAGCGCCUAUGGGCUUCACCAGUGA